GGAAGAGUGGGAAAGAGAAGAGGAAGAGUGGGAAAGAGAGAAUGGGAGAGAGAGUGAUGAGGGAUGAGUGAGUGAGAGAGGGGAGGUCGAGAUGAGCGAAAGCUGGAGAUAGAGAUCAAAAGAAGAGAGAAGGCUAGGUAAAGGAGGAGAGAGAUAGAGAGGAGGGGAGGAAGAAGCAGAAAAUUGUAGAUAGAGAAAAAAAGAUUGUGAGCCUCACUGUGAGAGACAGAUAUAAAGGAGAAAUAGAGAGAGAGGCUGAGAACUACUUGUUACUUCCUUUCUUCUGCUAUGAAUACAUCCAUUACUCUCCUCCAACGUUCAUCGUGACGAAACUUAGAAGCCUUAGAAGGCAUUUAUUAUUGGAGGCACUAGACAGACGCUGUGCUUUCUUGUAAAUGCAGGCCCAACAUCCAAAUAUUUCUUCUUGUCUCCUCAGUGAACUCUGAGCAGGAUGUGGCGACUAUGGGGCAGGGGCGAGGGAAGCCCAGACAAAGGACCAGAUAGAGGAAAUGAGCCCCACCCUACUGUAAAUGCCACAUUCUCAGCAGAGUCAGAAGGCAGAAUAAUUGCUCCUGUGUUUGUGAACUCUGUCGUUCACGGGAGUGUGUCUAUUGCAGAAGCAUCCAAUGUACCAGGAAAUCUACCUGAUCCUGAAGCUAUCAGGAAAGUCAUAGAAGAUCACAAGCGUCAGAUGCUGGAAAGAUACAGCAUGGUGUUCGAGGGCCUUGUACAGAAGGAGCACAAAACACGUCUAACGUCCAUCUACACCCCGCUGUAUAUCAUAGCAGGAGAGAGUGAGGAAGUGAACAGCGACCAUGAAAUCUGGCAGAUUGAAACAGCAAACCGCAAACAAAAGCGUCAGUAUGAUAAAAUCAGCAUCAACGAUAUCUUUGGGGAGGAGCAAGCAUGCAAGCGGGUGAUGACCAAAGGUGUUGCGGGAGUUGGGAAGACUGUGUCUGUGCAGAAGUUCAUCGUGGACUGGGCAGACGGGAAGGCCAAUCAAGACCUGGAUUUCGUCAUCUGUCUUCCCUUCAGAGAGCUGAACCUGCUCAGAGAUGAAGAGCGCAGCCUUCUAAAACUGAUGCUGGACUUCAACUCAACACUCAGACCACUGGAGGGCAUCGACUUUGAGAAGCACAAGGUGUUGUUCAUCCUCGACGGUUUGGACGAGUGCAGGUUCAACCUGAACUUCAGGGAUAACAUGCCUGUGUUCCGCAUCACAGAAGACGCAUCGCUAGACGUGCUACUUACUAACCUCCUCAAAGGACAGCUCCUUCAGUCUGCCCUUGUCUGGGUCACAUCAAGACCAGCCGCGGCUGCUGUGAUCCCAUCAGACUACAUUGACCGCUACACAGAAGUGCGGGGAUUCAACGACGAACAAAAGGUUGAGUACUUCAGGAAUAAGUUUAGUGACAGAGAGAGGGCCGAGAGUAUCAUCAGGCAUGUAAAAACAACAAGGAGCCUGUACAUCAUGUGCCACAUACCAGUAUUCUGCUGCAUCACCGCGACUGUGUUGAAGACCAUGUUGAACCAGGAAAACGCAGGCGAGAUUCCCAAAACCCUCACGGAAAUGUACACACACUUCCUUUACACACAGCUUUCGAUGUCAAACAAAAAGUUCAUCGGCAACAAUAUUUCCAACAGAAAAGCUUUCCUGGUGCAAAACAAGGAGGCCAUCCUGAAGCUGGCAGAGCUCGCCUUCCGCAAGUUGGAAGGCGAAGGGGGAUCGAUCCUGUUUUAUGAGGACGACCUGAAGGAGUGCGGCAUUGACCUGACAGAAGCGUCUGUCCUGUGUGGUUUGUGCACCGAGAUCUUUAGGGUGGAACCUGUGAUGUUUGAGAAGAGGUACUACAGCUUUGUCCACCUCAGCAUUCAGGAGUUCCUAGCGGCGCUUCACAUCUUUGCCUCUUUCCUCAAGAGAGACAUGCAGGCACUCCGCCCGUUUCUGACAUUCAAACCCAAGAAGAUGUUCCUCUACCUACUCCUGAAGAACGUCAUAGACAAGGCUCUAAAAAGUGAAAACGGACACCUCGACCUGUUCGUCCGUUUCCUGCUGGGCCUGUGCCUGUUCCAGGAGACCAAAAACCAUCCCCUGGAUGGUCUGCUACCAGAGCCGGUGGACAAAGACAAGGAAGAUGAUAACAAAAGCAUCGAGGAGACGAAACGGUAUAUCAAGAAUCUGGUGCACAAGAAUCUCUCACCAGAGAGGUUCAUCAACCUGAUGAACUGCCUGACAGAGUUGAAGGACAGCUCGGUGCACAAGGAGAUGCAGCGGUACCUGCAGUACUCGAGUAAUCCACAGACUGAGCUGGAACCGUCCCACUGCUCCGCCCUGGCCAACAUGGUCCUGCUGUCGGAUGAGCCGCUGGAGGAGCUGGACUUCCAGCGCUACAACCUUGGUGACGGAGAUGAGGCCAAAGAGAGACUGGUGCCAGCUGUGCGAUGGUGCAAGAAAGCCAGGCUGUUUGAAUGCAAGCUGUCGGUCCACUGCGGUGAGAUAUUGGCAUCGGCCCUCCAGUCAGACCACUCACCCCUGAGGCAGCUGGAGCUGAAGAAGUGCCCCCUCACCGAGCAGGGCCUCAAAAAGCUCUGCUCCGCUCUCACCUCUGACUGCAGGCUGCAGGCCCUCAGUCUGGCGGGCAGCAGGAGCACGUCUGACUUCAUGUGUGAGGUGCUGGGCCAGGCUCUCUCCUCCUCCGGCCCCCACCUGACGGAACUCAACCUGAGCCGCAACAUGCUCUGCAGUAAGGACGUGAGGGACAUCACUACUGCCCUCAAGAAAAGCAGCUGUGGUGUCAACACUCUCAGAUUACAGAAGUGCAGCAUCAAAGAGCACGGCUGUGAGCUGUUGGCUGGCGUCCUCCGCAGUGAGCAUGGCAACCUGACGGAGCUGGACCUGCGGGAAAACACGCUGAGUCGAUGUGCGGUGGCGCAUCUCUCUGAGGCUCUCAAGACCCCACAGUGCAAACUGCUAACACUAAGACUCUCAGCCACUGAUAUCACGGAGGAGGCGUCCUGGAUGUGUCUGGCGUCAGCCUUCCGGGGGCAGCUGGACCUGACUGAGAGCAGGCUGACGGUGCCUGAACUGGAGCAGCUGUCUACAGCACUGAGGAGCCCUGACUGCAGCCUGAACACACUCCGGCUGAGGCAGUGCUUCUUGAAAGAGGGCCACUGUGAUGUCCUGGCCUUGGUCCUGAGUUCUGACGGGUGCCACCUGGCUGAGCUGGGGUGGAUUUCUCAAAGGGGAAGUAGCUAGUCGGUUAGCAACUUUGCAGAGUAGAUACUAUAAAAGUUGCUAACUCCUGUGUCUCGAAUGUUAGCACACAAAGUAACUACUGCUUGGAGUAAUGUGCACUCUGAAGUAGUGGUGACUUUGAAAGUGAGGCGCCUCCUAUCCGUAUCUCGACAGUGAAGUUGAAGUACAGCUGGAGUAGAUCCAUUGAGUCCAGACAUCACCUCAGCCAC